AUGGCCAUUCUCCUCUUCUUAUUUUUCACAUCCAUUUUAUCCAUUUCCUACUCUUCGCCAUUGCCGGUCAAUGCCUCCGGUAACAUAUCAGCGCGCCGGCAAGCCGGUUGCGGCACCGGCAACCCGGUCGACGACUGCUGGCGGACGGGCCACCUGUCGGACGGCGACGGCGUCAGCAUAUUCGGCGCGAGGGACGUGUGGGUGGACCGCUGUACGCUGGAGGACUGCGCCGACGGCCUCGUGGACGUGAUCGCGGCAUCCACCGGCGUGACCGUCUCCAACUGCCUGCUGACCAACCACAACAAGGCCAUGCUCCUCGGCCACAACGACGGCUACGAGGACGACAGGGCCAUGCGCGUCACCGUCGCCUUCAAUCGCUUCGGGCCGGGCCUCGUGCAGAGGAUGCCGAGGUGCCGGUUUGGGGUGUUCCACGUCGUCAACAACGACUACGUAAACUGGGGGAAAUACGCCAUCGGCGGCAGCGCAUCGCCGACCAUACUUAGCCGAGGCAACAGGUUCUGUGCCGGCAAGAAGAAAGAGGUGACGAAGCGCGACGGCGACCCGCCCAAGAGCGAGUGGCAGAAGUGGAACUGGAUAUCCGACGGCGACCUGAUGUUCAACGGCGCGUUCUUCACGGCGUCCGGCGGACCGGGGGCUGAGGGGGCAAGCACAUGCAAAGGCAUCAAGCAAAGGUUACCAUUCCGGUGCAACGAGACCAAGACCAACAGAGCGGCAGGACGAAGGUCGCCGUGA